AAGCUGUGUUGUUUACAUUUUCCAAGAUGGCGGCGGGGAUGUAUUUGGAGCAUUAUUUAGACAGUAUAGAAAACUUACCUUUCGAGUUACAAAGAAACUUCAAUCUUAUGAGAGAUCUCGAUCAACGCACAGAAGAUCUGAAGGGACAAAUAGAUUCUUUGGCCAAAGAAUACACAGCCAACGCCAGAACUUUGUCCUCUGAGCAGAAGCUGUCCAUCCUGAGACAGAUCCAGCAGUCAUAUAGCAAGUGCAAAGAGUUUGGAGAUGACAAAGUGCAGCUCGCCAUGCAGACCUACGAGAUGGUCGACAAACAUAUCCGCCGCCUGGACACAGACCUGGCAAGAUUUGAGGCGGACCUGAAGGAAAAGCAGAUUGAGAGCACGGAUUAUGAUUCCACCUCGAGUAAGGGCAAGAAAGGUGACACCAGACAGAAGGAGAAAAAAACAGCCAAAACCAGAUCCAAAGUGAAAAGCUCAGAUGAAGAUGGGAGUCCCAAAAGUGCUCAAAAGAAAGUCAAACUCCUUCAGCCAGGAGAGUUCAACAGCCCUUCCUCCAACUUUGGGAAUGUGCACCCAUCUGAUGUCCUGGACAUGCCGGUGGACCCCAACGAGCCCACCUACUGUCUGUGUCAUCAGGUGUCUUAUGGAGAGAUGAUUGGCUGCGACAACACUGAUUGCUCCAUUGAGUGGUUCCAUUUCGCGUGUGUGGGCCUGACGACCAAGCCCAGAGGCAAAUGGUAUUGUCCUCGUUGCUCUCAAGACAGGAAGAGGAAAUAGAUGAAGCUGGAAAAACCGUAUACAGUUGACGAGACAAAAAAAGCAAACAUUUCUUUGUUAGCUCCUCUUUUUUCAUUUAUUCUUUGGUGCUUUUUUUGUUUACAUAACUGCCUUGGUCUGAUGUGGUGUGAGGAAACCAGGGAACAACUGUAUUUAACAUUUUUCUACACGGUUACCAUUUCUUUCUCACAUUUUGGUGCUUGAUUGUGGCUUAUUUUAACAUGCUUGACUUCAUACACUACAGUGUUUCUUUGCUGAGGAUGACUCUGCCUACAAACCCUUAGCUGUUUUCCUUUAUAUUUGGCUCAUCUCAGUAGGGAGCUAGUAUUCCUCCAAUUGCAGACUGACACAAGGGUGAAUUCUUUUAGUUACUUUACUCCAUUUGACUGAGUGAUUUUUAGAGUUAGAUAUUUUUGGGGAACAUUUGUCAUUUCUGUAGCUGAAAUAUUGGUACAGUGGUGGGGGGUGAUUGUGUUGUCAAUCAUUUGAAUACAGCUACUACCUCAAAAAUGUGUGUG